AAACGGUGCACAUUUUACUUAAAUGUUUUUGCGGGAUGGUGCAGCUGACGUUUGACUGUUUUACUGCUACGAAGUCCUGUAAUUUGCUUAUUUCUCCAGAGUGCAGUGCCAAGUGAAGAUGUCUGCAUUAGUAGACUAUGAUGACUCAGAGUCAGAGGAUGAUUCAUUGGAUCAAAGGGAGGAGAAAGCAUCAGCUGUCCACACUGUAUGCUGUGAACAAAACCAAAGAGAUGUGGAGUGUAAUAACUCCAAGGUAAUGCCCAGCCCUAGAAGUUUUGCCCCUGACUGGACAGUGUUGGAAUAUCAUGAAAAUACUUCAGAAAGAAACAGUUCUUCAAUAUAUCCUAAUCCCCAGCCACAGAAUUACACCGAUUUGGAGAGAAAAUAUUGUAGUGUUGGGGCAGCUGAAGAUAAACAUUUCAGAGAUGCUGCAGCUCCUCCGAGCUUACCUGAGACUCACGGGAAGAUUGCACCCCUGCAGUCUCUUCCGUGCAUGCCACAGAGCUCCAGCGAUGUAUCAAACCCAGCAAAAAGACAACUGACUGUGUCGUCUGGUGUCAGACCAUACAUCCCUAAGAGACAGAGACUUGCCACUUCAGUAGAGACAGUGGACCUAAAAUACACAGCAGAACAAGGACUGGGGAAUCAGACCAGAGAAAGCCAAAUUCUCUCAAAUGUAUCAGCAAAAUUGAAGCCGUAUCUUACUGAAAAGCCCAGUGCUGCGGGGAUCCCCAGGAGGCCACUGAUGAGCCUGGGAGGCCACCAGGGCCCAGUCAACACAUUGCAGUGGUGUCCAGUGCCUCAUCUCAGUCAUCUGCUGCUGUCUGCCUCCAUGGACAAGACUUUCAAGGUGUGGGAUGGAGCAGAGAGCGGGCGAUGCCUUAGGGUUUACACCUGCCAUUCGGGAGCUGUGCGUGAUGCCUGUUGGACCCCCUGUGGGCGACACCUCCUCACUGGCUCAUUUGACAACACGGCUGUGAUCACCGACGUGGAAACGGGGCAGCAGGCAGUGAAAUUGGACAACCAGUUUAAGGUGAUGUGUGUGGCUCUACAUCCCAGCAACCCAGAGGUAUUCCUGUGUGGAGGUUACAGUUCAGCGGUCAAGGCUUGGGACUCUCGCAGCUGCAAGGUGGUGAAAGUUUACAAAGCAGGGAUCCAGCAGACCUUGGACAUCCUCUUCCUAAGAGGUGGUGUGGAUUUAAUAACAAGCUCUGACUGUGUGAGCAGAGACUCUGCAGACCGCACCCUCAUUGCCUGGGACUACCAGACCACAGCCAAGGUCUCCAACCAGAUCUACCAUGAGCGUUACACAUGCCCGACUCUGGCUCUUCACCCACUGGAGGACUCCUUUGUUGCACAGACCAAUGGGAACUACAUGGCAGUUUUCUCCUCCCAGCAGCCCUAUAGAAUGAACAAGAGGCGACGAUUCGAAGGACAUAAGGUGGAGGGAUAUGCGGUACACUGUGACUUCUCUCUGGAUGGAACUGUCCUAGCUUCAGGGAGCUCCACCGGCUGUGCUCAUUUCUAUGACUACCACAACACUCGUAUACUGCACACUCUGCACGCACACAGCCAGCCCUGCCUGUCUGUCUCUCAGCAUCCUGUCCUACCUACGACUGUGGCCACCUGCGACUGGACUGGUGAGAUCAAAGUCUGGCACUGACAACAGAGUAUAUAAGUAAAUAUAGACUUAAAAACUGGCAGUGUGGCCAAGAGGAUGAGAUGGAAGACUGUAUUAAACUGAAAACUCACACACGUUCAUCUUCAAGACUUUAUCUUCCAUAAUCUUUUGGCAUAAGAAGAUAAGAACUUGGGGAAAAAAAUGCUGGAAGUCAGCAAAUCUACUCUCUAUUGUGUCUGUGAAAAACAUUUUUUUACACUGUGUAUCUUACAAAGCCUUUAUAUUUUCUUAAAAAAAAAACAAAAAACAACACAAUUUCAGUCACCACAGUCAGUAUUGUGGAAAUCUCACUAUAAGCAUCUUUUUCAUAUUUGGCUCAUCUUUCAACAUCCCGGUCUUUCAACAUUUUAGUGACUGAGAUGAAAUCGGAGGAAGUUACACUCUAUGGAAUCAAAGGAAGAUUUUUUGCAUUUAACAGUUCAAAGAGUGGACUAUUGUUAUGAGUGUUAUCUAAAGUGGUAGGCGGUGGGAAGGCAGUCUAGCUGCACAGACACACACACAAAAAAACAGUCGUAAUGCUUUUAUAGUCAGCUCUCCACUCCAAAUACAGUAAGGGGUGUGAUCAUUGUGUUCUUCUCAAGGUUUUUGUCAAAACAAAAAAAAUAUCUCUCUGGGCAUUUUCUAAUCAAAAGUGUUUUUCAUUCCACAUUCUGCAUACACAUCACUUUUCUCUAUGCCUUUUUGUUCUCUGCCUCUGAUAUGACAUUUCCUCUCACACUGACAGCUUUAGAGCAUCACGGAAAGACAACCAGCGAACUAAAAAAAAAAAAAUGGCAUCAUCUGUCAAAGCAUCGCCAGGUUCUUCCAAAAACCUGCCAGUCAACCGCCAGAGCACUGAAGUACAGACUGAUGCUUGUGAUCUUUAUUCAGUGUCUAGUAGAAAUGUCCUUAAAAUACACUUUGCAGUUUGGGAUUGAGGGAAAAUCUAAUGGAUAGUUUUCCCUUUUUUUUGCAGCCCUUAUGGUUGUUUAUACUCUAGCUAAUAGUAGUGAAAUUAACACUGUAAUUGUCUUUAAAUUACUGCCAAGUAAUUGGGGGAGCUGAAUGAUAAUUUACAUCUGCAGACUGGUGAAAGCUGCUGCUGUUUGUAGCAGCUCUUAUGGUUUUUUUUUUGGUUUUUUUUUUAAUUUAUUUGUUUGCUGGCUAGCAAAUCAAGCACAGAUCGUUACUGUCAAACAAAUCACAGAGGAUAAAACAAUAUGGACUCAUAAAAAAAAAAGACAGAAGAAUAAACUUUGAGUCCAGCACCAGCAGGAUCUGACAGCUUCCCCCAACACAUCUACAAGUCUGGGUCUGACAGAGAAAAGUCUUCUUCCUGUCACCAGAUUUAAAGAAGCCCUUGAAAUCAAUACAAGUUAACAACAACUUGCCCUAAAAGGAACAGAAAAUGUUAGAAAAUGGUGAAAGAUAGAUGCAGACCUAUCAAUGAGUAACAUACUUUAACAGGACAACAACUCCAAGAAAUUAAGGGGGUGAUUAAAAAAACGCAAACUGACACAAUAAAACUGAAAGACACAUAACGAGUAGGGGCUGCAAUCAGUCGAUGACGUUGUUGUAGAAAUUUUAAAACUUAAGUCUCAAUUGGAAUUCCAAUAAAUGAAGUACCAAGCGGUCUAGACAGAAAAACUAAUCAUUGAUAGAGAACUGUCCCCCGGCCUAUGAACCUCCACUUGCAGGCAUUUCAAGGAUAUUAAAAGCAUAUGGUAAUAGAAUAAAUGAUUUAAGAAGUCUGCUAUGUAUUUCCCAACACCUAUCUUUAUUAAGUAAAUAAACAUACAGCAAAAAUAUAUAACCAUGCAUCAGACAGACAAACAUGUUGACAUUUAGACAGCUGGCCUGUUGUUCCUGGAACAGGGCUGGAGGUAGGACAGGACAGAACCACGUCAGCCUCGUCAUUCAGGGUCAAAAUAUUCCAUAAAUAUAACAUCAACAGAAACUAGAUAAAAAAUAGUCAUAGUGUCAUAACAAUCGUGUACGUAGUGACUCUUUUUAUACAUUAUGUCCACAACAAAAAUACCAUAUAUCCUCUCAAUCUCUCUGUACAGUGGUCAUAUUUAAAUUCAGACCUUUUUCACCCUGUUAAUACCAUCAUCUUACUGAAUAAUGGCAUGAUUGAAGACUUUUUGUGGCCCAUGUGGUGCAGUUUUACAUUCAUAAACAUGACGAAAAUAUGAGGUGUCACUUUAUCAUUUUUAAAACUGCCUUAAGCCCAUUUUCAGGUCUGCAGGAACUGGAGAGGUAGAGCAUGGCAUUCCAAAAUAAAAUCCACAUGACGACUCAA